AUGAUCGAUGAAAAUACGCCACUGGCUGAGCGUCAGUUAUUCUUGGAAUAUGGUGCCACGGCUAAACAGGAUGCGGAAGUGGGAGAGGAGGCAUCCCCUAUCGACCGCGCGUUUAUUUCGGUUGCUUUGCUAGGAAUAUUUCUCGCGGCAGCAGAUGAUUCCUUUGUCUUUGCUACACACGGCGAAAUUGCGACCGACUUCAAACGACUUUCAUUGGGGCCCUGGCUUAUUUCAGCCUAUAACCUUGGGUUCAUUACUACCCUUCCGUUGUACGGAAAGCUCAGUGAUGCAUAUGGGUACAAGUUGGUACUACUAAUAGCCUAUCUGAUGUUCUCGUUCGGUUGUGCCAUCACAGGCGUUGCACCCACAAUUUGGCUUGUCAUUGGAGGUAGAUUCAUCGCUGGCGUUGGGGCUUCGGGCAUGACAGAUCUCGUGAGCUUGAUCAUCAACGAUUUGGCCUCGCCGAGACAAGUUGUAAUGUUGCGAAGUUAUUUUGGAAUGGCAUUCCCUUUAGGGCUCAGCUGUGGAACCUCUCUUGGUGGAAUUCUUGUGGACUUCGUUGGCUGGAGAUGGUCCUUCCUCGUACAAGUCCCAUUCGGCCUACUCUGCUUUUUUAUUGCCACAUGGAGACUACCAGCACCAAAUGAUAGCUCAAACGAAGCGCAAGAUGGACUCAACGAUACUGUCAACCGUGAACUUAAUCUGUUCGGUAUAUUCUCAUUGGGAAUAUCUGUCGCCGCAUUCACGGUACUGUGCCAUUCCCUCGAAGGAGGAGAGGGUACUGCAAUGGCUGUUGCUUCCGUGACAGUUAUCUUAUCUGCCGUUGCGUAUGGAUUGAAUGAAAGAUUCUGGACCAAAUCUCCGUUGGUGUCUUUGGAUGUUAUCAAGCAUAACCGGAUUUGGGCAAUCUAUAUGAUACAGUUUCUUGCUUCCUUUGCUGCCUUUGGUAUUCUUUCCAAUACCAGCGAGUUUUUUACGCGAACCAGAAAUGCUACGGCUUCUUUUAGUGGAGCCACCUUCAUUAUUAUAGCGCUUGGCUGUGUUGUUGGAUCUCCUAUUUUCGGAUUUCUUAUACGACGCACCGGGAAAUACAAGGCAUUGGCAUUUACGUCUUGCUUUAUUAAUCUUACGGGUUUUGGUCUGCUUAUGCUUCGAUGGUCGCAGGGACCCAAGCUCUGGGAACUGGCAUACCUCGCAAUUCAUGCUAUCGGUCAUACGGGGCUCAUUACCACCCUAUUUGUUGCCAUAUCAGUGGCAGUUCCCAAAAAUGCCGGAGCCGGGGCAAUUACCACCUACUACUUGGCUCAGCAAAUAGGAAUGGUAGUGGGCGUAACCACCACAUCAGUAUUUACACGAAAUGUGUUCAGGAAUGAUCUCCUCAGGAAACUCGCCCUGGAGCCGAAUGCAAAUGAGAUUAUUGGAAAUGUGUUACGGGACAGUCGGUUUGCAUUCACCCACCUGUCUGAUAGACUUCAAGUGGUCGUCGCCAAUAGUUACAGCCAAGCAUUUGUUACUACACCGGGUAGGUAA